CCUAUUGUUUCCGACCGUUUUUCCUUCAAAUCCUAAUCCCUCAAAAACAGCCACUGAGAGAGACACACGAGAGGGAAAAACAGAGAGACGAAAAGAAAAAAAAAAAAAAAACCCACUUUGCUCAAUGGGCUGCGUUUCCUCGAAACUAUACAGGAAAGAAAUCAAGGAAGAAAAUUUAUUCAACAAUGGCGGUCAAUGUGUGAACCAUGUGGUCUCUCUCACUUCAAGCACAUAUGGGGUUCUCAAACUGGAGAAUAAAAAUGAUCAACCACAGCCCAUCAAAGAAUGCGUUGCAGAGGUUAAGAGAAUCAAGAGGUCUCCUUCUCGUGAAGACCACCCAGAGGUUAUCAAUGCGUGGGAGCUUAUGGAGGAUCUUGAAGAAGGAAUACCAGUGUUCAAUCAAGCUAAGAAAAGCCCAAAGUCGCGUGCUUUACUUCGAGGGUUUGCGGAUAUCGAUGGAAGAAGUCCGUUGAAGUUCUUCAACCGCAUUGGGUCUCCGAAGAAGAUGAAGAGGUUCAGUGGGAAAGAGAAUAAAAGCCGGAUUCGGUUGGAUUAUAGCCCCAAUCAGGUACUGAAACAGAGCAACUCCAAAGAGAAUUCUUGCAAGGCUGUGUUGAAUUUGAGUUUACCAGUGAAAGGGUCUCCGAUUAAAGCGAAAAGAGAUAGUUUCGGAACCGAUUCGAGUCCUUGGAGAUGUACUUUCAGUCCCCUGUUCGAUCCAGAUCUCGUUGCAUCUUAUGAGAAAGAGUUGUCCGAAGAGGAAGAACAGAUCAAGAGGAUGAUUUCAUCCACACCCAAAAUUCGAAAACCGAAAUAUCCAUCCCGAGAUUCCGAGUCCAUUCUUCAAUCUUUCGAGAAAAAAUGCCCGCCGGGAGGAGAAAAUGCGGUGGUCAUUUACACAACCACAUUGCGAGGAAUUAGGAAAACCUUCGAGGACUGCAACAUUGUUAGAUCAACCAUCGAGUCUCAUCUUAUCCAUGUAAUAGAGCGAGAUAUAUCUAUGCAUUCCGGGUUCAAGGAAGAACUAAGGGGGCUAAUGGGUACUAAGGAAGUGAAAGUUCCACUUGUGUUUGUGAAAGGGAGGCUUAUCGGGGGUGCUGAUGAAGUGGUGCAGUUGGAGGAAGAAGGAAAACUUGGUGUUCUUUUCGAUGGGAUUCCGACCGCGAUUGCCGGUUGUGAAGGGUGUGCUGGAUUCAGGUUUGUAAUGUGUAUGGAAUGCAAUGGAAGUUGUAAGGUUUUGAAUGAAGAACAGAAGAAGACAGUGAGGUGUAUUGAGUGCAAUGAGAAUGGGUUGAUUCAAUGCCCUGUUUGUUGCUAAUCUAUUUGGGCUUUUCUCAUUUUUUUUUUUUUUUGGAUGUCAAGCUUGAUUACGUAUCUCUUACAACGAGAAGUUCAUAGAUAAGCUUAUUUCAUUUGGGAAGUGGGGGUUCUAAAGUGGGUUUUAGACCCUUUCCUACAUGGGGCUUUGUUUUGAUUGAGAUUGGCCUCGUACUACUCGGUAUUGGUUCAUUUUUUCUUUUUUCUUUUUUCCCCACACUAUUAUUGUAUCUCUUGUUGUGUGCAGUUUGAAAUUUUCUUUUCUAAUGUAGUUUAUGAUUUAUGGCAAGUAUUAUUUUAAGUUAUGAACAUUAGCUUUCUCUUA